AUGCGACGGAGAAAGGCCGAGAUGCACUCACGGCUUGCGCCCCGAGACCAGGAGACACAAGGAGAAGUAAGCAGUGCUUCUAAUACAUCUUCAACAUCUUCCAUCGGCUCCCUGAACGCUUUGGAUACACUCGAUGAAGACAUCAACCGGAGUAAAGCGAGCAUAGCUACGGGCUAUCAUGGAAAGAGUUCCGAAGUUGCUUGGAUGCAAAGUCUGGCACUGAAAGCCGGAGUUGACCGAGGCAAGGAAGGAGCCUCCAAGGACAUUCAGAAUCAACUGCCACCGAUCGAUGAUUCAUUUGCCUCUAUGGACUAUCAUAUCGAAUCUGCCAAAUAUCCCGGCAGCGAUUUGGAAGACGAAAAUCCAUACACCCUACCAGCGAAAGCAUUGGCCGAACGCUUAUUAAGUCUAUACAUAGACAGUGUCCAACCGUCAUUACCCGUCAUUCGCCAGACACUCUUCCUAGACCAGUUCAAUUCGUUAUACUCCGGGAAUUCGAUACAACCUGGAAGAAAGUGGCUGGCCCUGCUGAACCUGAUUUUCGCUAUUAGUAGCAAAUUGUGUCAGAUGGCCGGCCAAGAUACCCAUAACAGGGAGAACAGAUUUUUCGCCCGUGCACAAAAAUUGAUAAUAUCAGAAAGCCUAGUGGAGGACCAUGAAGAUCUACAGCAAGUGCAGGCGGAAACGCUCGCGGCAUUCUUUUUAUUGACUUCCUCACAAAUCAACAGGGCUUGGAAGAUGAUUGGCACGGCUACUCGUUCCGCCAUUGCUUUAGGUCUACAUCUCAGAGCUACGCAUAAUAAAUUGAGCGCUUCAGCUCUGGAAGCCCGGCAUAAGCUUUGGUGGUCGAUUUUCAUUCUGGAAAGCCUCCUCUCGGUUAUGACUGGACGGGCGUCUGGCUUGGGAAACAGCUUCUGUUCUGCACCCCCGCCUCUUGUUGCAGGAGACGUGGAAAUUUUUACUGAUAACGCACCAGAAGUCCGUCUAGAACGGCCAACCGAGAACCCACCCAUGAAGUGGACAAUUAACCAGUCACACGAGCAGCUUGAGGCACAACGAGCGUCAAUGAAAUGCAUGGAUGCUAAUGAUGAGCUUUACUUCUUUUGUUUGACGGACAUCGUCCUAAUCUCGCACACUGCUUCGACGCGAGUGUAUAGCACCGAUGCUGUUAAGCAAGGAUGGGAUUCAAUACAAAGCCGUCUUAAUUUCUUCAAUAAGACAAUGGACGAGUGGAGCUCUAGUUUACCUGACAGCAUCAAUUUCAAGAUAGUUGAUGCUGGACAGAGUUUGUCUAAAGUCAAUGCCUAUAAGAUCUCUCUCUCUCUGCAUUACUACAGUUCUCGAAUUAUCCUCAACAGACCUUGUCUCGCCCGAGCGAGGACAGCUGGGGACGGCAUCAGUAAUUCUUAUCGGUCUUGGGCAAAGGAAGAGAGCGCGAUGACUUGCCUGCAUUCGGCUCUAGCGAUUCUCUCCAUUUUUCCUGAUCAGCCAGAUUCGAUUUGGGUCUGUCACGUCCUGUGGUGGAACGUUCUGCAUUUUCUGGUACAAGCCACCACAAUUCUGCUCAUAAACCUUUCAUUUGAAGACUUGGCGUCCAGAAAACUGGGUGGCCAUGAUACCACCAGUGGCUCAAGCGCUAGCCAAUUGCCUGGUGCGUCGGAUUCUGUCAAUCACGAAGCUGUUCUUACCGCAGCCCGGAAAGCGCUGCAGUGGCUAUACUGCCUUGGAAAAACAGAAGCCUCUGCACGCCGAGCUUUUGAAAUCUGCAGCAACUGCAUUCGUCGUAUCGCGCCCACUGGCUUUGAUCUUGACGAGUUUGCUCCCAUGAACACCAGAUCGAAUGUGCAAUAUUCGGCAGUACCAACCGAUCUUUCUCAUCAGCAACGCCGAUCUAAGGACAAAGUCUCGUAUUCGCAAUUCUUUGGGGCACCAGAGUUUGACUACGAUCGUAGCGCCAGCGUUGGCGCUCAAUUCCCUGAGCAAGGCACUACAGAAGACUUUGACCUCCCUAUGCAGCCCUCCUUCGGCCUUUUUGGGGAUGAAAUCAACAUGCCUGAUUAUAUUCCAGACCCGCACGAUACUCUUGAAGAUGUGCUGCUUUCCAUUGGCGGGGCUAGAUAA